UGGACGCACACACUCUUUGCACACACACACACGCGCAUUGAGGGUGACUUGUAUAUGCAGCCAACAGAGAGAGAGAGAAGCGCUCCGAGAGACAGAAAGGUGCACAGAAAGGAGAGUGGACGGCAGAAGCAGAAAGAGCGCAGCAGCAGCAGCAAGACGGAGCAUCUCUUGUGCAUCACUGCAGCUUCACGGAUCUUAAAACAUCUCCAACUCCUCACAGAGGCUCGUAAACAUUUUUGAAAAAAACAUAUUUUUAAGCUUUGGACCUGAAUAACGCGAUUUCUGGAAGAGUUUCUCCUUUAAAAGCAACUUUUUUCCAUCCAUUCCAGAAGUUUUUAUAAAAGUUGAAACUUUUAUUGACUCUAGGUUCGGCUUUACUUUUUUGCCCCCACGUGUCCUGGCCAUUUUGCAAUUAUUUCCCUUCAGAUUUCUAGACAUUUUAUUCUUUAUAACUCUUAUUUUUGAAUUCAAUAACUCCCAUAAAAGACUAAAAAUGAACUUUAAAACACCAGGAGCGUCCCCAGUCAGGUGUGAUUCUAGUCUCAGAAGUUUAAAUCAUUAAAUCAAACUAACUUUUGGUGGUUUAAUUUGAUUUUCCUGAAAGUUUUAGAUAAAAGCGUCACCUGUUGCAUCUCAUCACCUCAGCUUUAGGCGAAUUGCGCUCUGGAGACGCUAAAACGCCUCUUAAAGAUUAUUCUCAGAACAUAAUUCAUAUCAUAUCUUUACAGUUCAUUCAUUCUCAGAGCAAAAUCCUACCGCUCUUAACUUCCAGGAGAGUUUGGUGUGCGUAAAAAGGCGCUGCGUUGUUUUUACGCACAAAAAAAUCACCACCCAUAUCCACAAUUUGUGUCCCAGACUUUUUAAAGCUCUCUUUAAUCAUCCCGCCCGUCAUCCUCGUCAUGCUGUUCGACAGCUUCGACCUGAUCUCGGCUCUGGCCACACUGGCCGCCUGCCUGGUGUCCAUGGCGCUGCUGGUCGCCGUCUCCCAGCAGCUCUGGCAGCUCCGGUGGACGGCCACCCGGGACAAGAACUGCAAGCUGCCAAUGCCCAAGGGCUCCAUGGGCUUCCCCUUCAUCGGUGAGACCUGCCACUGGUUGGUACAGGGUUCGGGCUUUCAUGCAUCGCGUAGACAGAAGUACGGAAAUGUGUUCAAGACCCACCUUCUCGGCCGUCCCCUGAUCCGAGUGACGGGAGCUGAGAACGUCCGUAAGGUCCUGAUGGGGGAGCACACGCUGGUGACGGUUGACUGGCCCCAGAGCACGUCCACACUGCUGGGGCCCAACUCUCUGGCCAACAGCAUCGGAGACAUCCAUCGCAAGAAGAGGAAGGUGUUUGCUAAAGUGUUCAGCCAUGAAGCCUUGGAGUCCUACCUCCCAAAAAUCCAGCAGGUCAUCCAAGAGAGCCUCAGAGUAUGGAGCUCCAACCCUGAACCCAUCAAUGUCUACAGGGAGAGCCAAAGGCUAUCAUUCACCAUGGCGGUAAGGGUGCUGCUGGGCUUCAGAGUGGGGGAGGACGAAAUGAGACACCUGUUUUCAACCUUUCAAGACUUUGUAAACAACCUCUUCAGCCUGCCUAUUGAUCUACCGUUCAGUGGCUACAGGAAGGGUAUUCGUGCACGAGACACCCUUCAAAAAAGCAUAGAAAAAGCCAUCAGAGAAAAGCCUUUGCGGUCCCAGGGGAAGGAUUAUAGUGAUGCUUUAGAUGUCCUGAUGGAGAGUGCCAAAGAGAACGGCUCCGAGCUCAGCAUGCAGGAGCUCAAGGAAUCAACCAUCGAGCUGAUCUUCGCUGCCUUCGCCACUACUGCCAGCGCAAGCACCUCCCUUAUCAUGGCGCUCCUCCGCCACCCUCAGGUUCUGGAGCGCCUCAGGGAGGAGCUGAGAGGCAGGGGACUCCUCAACAAUGGCUGCCUCUGUCCUGAAAGAGAGCUGAGGCUUGAUACGAUCGUCAGCCUGAAGUACCUGGACUGUGUCAUCAAGGAGGUGCUAAGACUGUACACACCAGUCUCUGGUGCUUACCGAACAGCCAUGCAGACCUUUGAACUAGAUGGCGUCCAGAUUCCCAAGGGCUGGAGUGUUAUGUACAGCAUUCGUGACACUCAUGACACAGCGGCUGUCUUUAAAGACGUGGAGGCCUUCGAUCCUGACCGCUUCAGUCAGGAGAGGAGCGAAGACAAAGAGGGCCGCUUCCACUAUCUGCCGUUUGGUGGUGGCGUUCGAUCCUGUCUGGGAAAGCAGCUUGCCACACUUUUCCUUCGCAUUCUAGCCAUCGAACUGGCCAGCACAAGUCGCUUCGAGCUAGCCACUCGCCACUUCCCACGUGUUGUCACGGUUCCUGUGGUUCACCCUGUCGAUGGGCUAAAGGUUAAGUUCUACGGCCUGGACUCCAACCAGAACGAGAUUUUGGAAAAGUCAGAAGAACUGCUUGGCACAACUGUUUAAUAAGGGCAUGUGCUUAUGAGGGGGGAGUGGAGAGGUUUGGUGAUGUAAAUCAUUAGAAAGAGGACAGAUGAAAGGAAAAACUAAUAUUUUGGAAUAAUCAUUCCUUUUUCACCUUUGUUCUGCCAAGUUGGAGCAUAAUUUCAGACUCUUCGUGUCUUCUAACAACUGAUGAUCAGGACUUUUCUUUAUGAGAGGAGAAAACUGCCAAAAAGUUAAAAAAUGUGCUCUGUUCUGUGUGUUUUCUGAAGAAUUAUACUUACAGUAAAUGUACAAAAAGCUAUCUAAUAUAAUUUGAAACAGUGUAGUGCACAACAGACUUUUGGUGAGAUGAAGUGUUGAGAUGAGAAAAGUAAUAGUGUGGAAGAGGUGUGAGAUAAAACAGGGUAUAGAGAGAAGGAAUAUAAUUUCAAAACCAUUUUGCCUGUGCUUACAUUCAACAAAUAAUUUUAGGUACAAGAGAUUUUAUGGAAAAAAAAAAUUUUCAUUACACUUUAAGCAUAUCCGGUCAUUUGAAUCAGAAGCUGGCCUUGCACCUUUGAGCUAAAACAUGUAAUAUUGUUUCUGAUAUAGGGAUGAAGAAAAAAGAUCAGAAAAAGAAAGAUCAACAGCAAAACCGCUUUGAUUUACUGGAAUUUUUCAGUCCAUGGUAUCUUUGGAAAAAAAACCUUUGGUGCUCGUACCAUUAUAGGCAGAAAGCAGACAUUUAUCAUUAAGUUCACAUUACAUAACUGGCAACACACUCUGCAAAAACAGUUUAAAGAGUGCAUCAAGAAAAAAAAACUGUUACAUCUUUGUUCGUUAUAGUCCUUUUUGGUUCACCAUUUGUAAAAAAAAAAAAUAUGUGCAUCCGAUCUAUGUUUAGGUUUAUGAACCAAGGUUAAACCAUCUUCAUUAGGUUUAGGAUCUAAAUCUGCUUAGUCUGGGACCCGAAUGUUUGUAAAUGGUCAUAUUAAUAAAUAAAGCCUACUUAGUUUGGUUUAAGAAUCAAUUAUCUUUAGUUAGGCAACCCAGUUUCUAAUGUCUGAUUGGGUUUAAGAACCAAAUGUAGAUGUCCGAAUCGGAAACAAACAAUCUGAUUCAACCCCAAAAUUGGGGUGGAAAAUUGGUUGACUUACCUAACAGCUGGAUGACAGAUCACACUUAAAAAUGUAGUUUUGGGAUCAUGUUUUCAAACAAUGAAUAAUAUAUUUGGAUAUAUAUACAACCCAUUCACAUAUAUACCUCUGUUUCUCUUUUAAGACAAAGUAAAGCAAUUACAAAAAGAAAAAGAAAAAAAGAAAAAAAAAGCACAGGUUGCCUAUUCCCAACAUUAAGAAGCGGGAGCUUGAAUGUUUCCUAAAUAUUAUUAACCUAGUGAUGCUGACAUGAAACUCAGGUGCAAAGACAAUGUAAAAGUAAUUAGAGUAUCUGCUUUUUGAUAUAUUUCUGACAUUCUUAGAUAGCUAUAAUUUCAUAGUUGGAAAAACUAUAUAGCAAACUUCAAUUUUGUUUCAGGCUCAUGCAAUUUUCUAUCCAUCUAUCAUACUCUUUACAGGUGUUUAGUGGGAAAUAGCAAAUGUUCAGUUUUCAAAAUUGAAUUCUGUGCUCUAGGUAUUAAACACUACUUUCAACUAAAUUUCUUGGGUGUUUAAACCUAUUUCAUAGUAGGUUUGCUCCAAUAAAGCAGUGCACCUUCUUAUGGUGGAACCAGGUUAUCAGAUCAGCGGUUAGAGUGAAAGUGUAAUGGAAGAGACCUACAUACAUGCUGCUUAAUUGCUGCCUUAUCUUUGUCUUUAUUGUGCACUUCUGUUAUUAUACAACCACCACUGAGGACAAUGGUGCUUAUGCUCUUGUUGUUCCUCAAAUCAGUAAUAAGAUGGUAAAGCAGACUCAGUUCAAGAAGAGUAAAUUUGAUUGAGUUGAUUGUUCAAUCAGAACCUUUGGAGUUUGUUCAGUUAUUCCACAUAUUGGGGAGUGGAUUUUCCUCAGUGGAGUUCCUGAGCUUUCUAGAGGAACUUUCAGACAUUCCAGCCUGCUCUAGGACUGUUCUAAAGAGCCAGAGAAAAGGACCGCUCAAAAGGUGUUUACUAAUGGACAACCAUGACUGCCUGUGCCAUACCAUUUUCAUUUUUCUCUACCACACCACUGAUUUUUUUUUUACAACAAUACAAAUCUGAAAACUGAAAUGUUUUUUUUUUUGCUGCUUUUCUUGUAUACAUUUUCAAAUUGAAAGUUAUAGAUUGUACUGAGUGAGAUUUAAUAUGUCAAUUAUUUUUAAAACUUUUUUUAAGCAUAAAGAACAUUAAUAGGGUUAUUAAUAGGUGUGUAUUAACUUGUACAUUAUUCCUUAUAAGAAUAUGGGGAAAAUAGCUAUUUACAUAAACUAAUAACCUAAUAUUAAUGUUAUUGUAUAAUUAAUAUUGUUGCUAUGAGAUAUUUGAAAUGCUAUUUUUAUUCUAUUGCAGAUUUUGAGUUUUAGCCAACAUGAGAAUGUCUUUGGUAAAAUAUUGGAUGUAUUUAGAAUGUCAUGAAUUUCAUUUUAUAUUGUAAACAGUGUUUAAAAUGUUGAUAUUGUUGAUUUGAUUACUGUAAUAAUUAUUAUUUUGUUAUCCAGACAUAUUAUCACUGCAUUUUAUUUUUCAUUAAUUAUAGAAACAGAAAGCACUUGCCAGAUAAGUUUAUUUUUUAAGUGCCAUGCGACUACAGUUUCCUCUUCCUUUCACCCUGUUUAUUUCUAAAUCUGCCCUAUGUCCUUCUGUACAUAUUUGCAAUUCUUUUUACAGGAAGAAAUGUUCAUUUAGUUUAAUUAUAAAUGUCUUGUGAUAGUUUGUCUUUUUUGUUACCAAGAUUGUUAUGUGUACUCCUGUAAUAAACCACAAAGGAAAAAUA